GCGUUCGGGGCUCCCUACGAGCCCCUCUCCUGAUUGGCCGUGUGCCGCGCGCUCGAGCGUGCCUGGCGCCUGCGCUGGAACACUCUGCCGAUAGUGGCGAUGUCCGGCAGGUCUAAGCGGGAGUCUCGCGGUUCCACCCGCGGGAAGCGAGAGUCCGAGUCGCGGGGCAGCUCCGGUCGCGUCAAGCGGGAGCGAGAUCGGGAGCGGGAGCCUGAGGCGGCAAGCUCCCGGGGCAGCCCUGUGCGCGUGAAGCGAGAGGUCGAGCCGGCGAGCGUGCGCGAGGCCCAGGCUUCUGUUGUCCCGUUUGUGCGGGUGAAGCGGGAGCGCGAGGUCGAUGAGGACUCGGAGCCUGAGCGGGAGGUGCGAGCAAAGAAUGGCCGAGUGGAUUCUGAGGACCGGAGGAGCCGCCACUGCCCAUACCUGGACACCAUUAAUAGGAGUGUGCUGGACUUUGACUUUGAGAAACUGUGUUCUAUCUCGCUCUCACACAUCAAUGCUUACGCCUGUCUGGUGUGUGGCAAGUACUUUCAAGGCCGAGGUUUGAAGUCUCACGCCUACAUUCACAGUGUCCAAUUUAGCCACCAUGUUUUCCUCAACCUCCAUACCCUCAAGUUUUACUGCCUUCCAGACAACUAUGAGAUCAUCGAUUCCUCGUUGGAGGAUAUCACGUAUGUGUUGAAGCCCACUUUCACAAAGCAGCAAAUUGCAAACUUGGACAAGCAAGCCAAAUUGUCCCGGGCAUAUGAUGGUACCACUUACCUGCCGGGUAUCGUGGGACUGAAUAACAUAAAGGCCAAUGACUAUGCCAACGCCGUUCUUCAGGCUCUAUCUAAUGUUCCUCCUCUCCGGAACUACUUUCUGGAAGAAGACAAUUAUAAGAACAUUAAGCGUCCUCCAGGGGAUAUCAUGUUCUUGUUGGUCCAGCGUUUUGGAGAGCUGAUGAGAAAGCUCUGGAACCCUCGAAAUUUCAAAGCACAUGUGUCUCCCCAUGAGAUGCUUCAGGCGGUUGUACUUUGCAGUAAGAAGACUUUUCAGAUCACCAAACAAGGAGAUGGAGUCGACUUUCUGUCUUGGUUUCUGAAUGCUCUGCACUCAGCUCUGGGGGGCACAAAGAAGAAAAAGAAGACUAUUGUGACUGAUGUUUUCCAGGGGUCCAUGAGGAUCUUCACUAAGAAGCUUCCCCAUCCUGAUCUGCCAGCAGAAGAAAAAGAGCAGUUGCUCCAUAAUGACGAGUACCAGGAGACGAUGGUGGAGUCCACUUUUAUGUACCUGACACUUGACCUUCCUACUGCCCCCCUCUACAAGGACGAGAAGGAGCAGCUCAUCAUUCCGCAAGUGCCACUCUUCAACAUCCUGGCCAAAUUCAAUGGCAUCACUGAGAAGGAAUAUAAGACUUACAAGGAGAACUUUCUGAAGCGCUUCCAGCUUACCAAGCUACCUCCAUAUCUAAUCUUUUGUAUCAAGAGAUUCACUAAGAACAACUUCUUUGUUGAGAAGAAUCCAACUAUUGUCAAUUUCCCUAUUACGGGACAGGCAAAUGGUAUGAAUUACAAGACCUCCAGGUGACUGACAUCCUUCCCCAGAUGAUCACACUGUCAGAGGCUUACAUUCAGAUUUGGAAGAGGCGAGAUAAUGAUGAAACCAACCAGCAGGGGGCUUGAAGGAGGCGUCUAGGGCUUUGCUUCCGAGGGCUGUGGCUGAUGAUGGUAAAUAAGAACACAGAAGCUGUAGCUGUUCAGCUACAGGCUGACUGGGGGCCUCCCUGGGCCAGCCCAGCUUGUAUGGAUUCUGGCUACACCAGAGCACCAGGAGCCCACUUGCCUGGGAUGGCCCCACACUGUCACCCAGCUGUUCUUUGAUCAUUUUUUUCUAGAUUGAUGCUCCUUUCUCCCAUGCAUUGAGCUCCCUUCUAGCUUCAGCAGGGCAGAACCCUUCUCCAGAUGUGUGUAACUUAUGUCUGAGUAUCUGGGAGUAGCUGAAGAACAGAUAAUUUCUUCCAAACAUCAAGCCUUGGGAUUCUUGGAGCAAGCAGAAAGCCAGUAACCUCACUCUUGUCUGUUAGAAGUGGAGGAUUUUCCUAUGGUUCCCCUCAUUUCCUGAUGUGUAUUUUUAGAUGGAUUAAAUAUUCUCCUGUUUUUAAACUA